GAUGCCAGACACCUGAACAAACCAAUUUUCCUCGAUUGAGUCGCCUGUAGCUAUACAAUCCCCCCACCCCCAUGUCUCAUUGGAAUGGUAGCAGCAGGCGAGCGCUGCUCCUACGUUGAACGUGGAGAACUUCACGCGGGCUUUAUAAUCGGAUCUACUGAGGGAACCUCCUGCAGAGCUCUUGGAUUUUUACUUUCGCAGACGAUGGAAACACGAGGAGUGCGUGUAUGAAGACAUGGCAGGGCUGUGCACAUCCGGGCUACAGUACCGUGACUCCAUUAUUUUCUGUUCACUGUGAAACUGCAACGAAAAGGCUUCACGCUCAACUCGUUUUUCUGACAUCGUAACCCUGGGUUAAGGAAAAAGGACAUGUCUAAUCAAGGAGUUAGAAGAAAUGGACCAGUGAAAUUGCGUUUAACAGUGCUUUGUGCAAAAAACCUGGUGAAGAAAGACUUCUUUCGGCUGCCAGACCCCUUCGCAAAAGUGGUGGUGGACGGUUCAGGACAAUGCCACUCAACAGACACAGUGAGAAACACUCUGGACCCCAAAUGGAACCAACACUAUGACCUGUAUAUUGGGAAGUCGGACUCCAUCACCAUCAGCGUGUGGAACCAUAAGAAGAUCCAUAAAAAACAGGGGGCAGGAUUUCUGGGCUGCGUACGACUCCUCUCCAACUCGAUUAACCGACUCAAAGACACGGGCUAUCAACGUUUGGACCUCAACAAGUUGGGACCCAAUGACAGUGACACAGUGAGGGGACAGAUAGUAGUAAGUCUUCAGUCCAGGGACAGAAUAGGCAGUGGAGGGCCAGUCGUAGACUGCAGUCGUCUAUUCGACAAUGAUUUGCCUGACGGCUGGGAGGAGAGAAGAACUGCUUCUGGCCGGAUCCAGUAUCUGAAUCAUAUCACACGCAGCACUCAAUGGGAGAGACCUACAAGGCCUGCGUCAGAGUACUCGAGCCCCGGCCGGCCCCUCAGCUGCCUGGUGGAUGAGAACACACCCAUCAUGACGCCCAAUGGGGCGGCGGGUGUACCUGCAGAUGACCCUCGCAUGCAAGAGCGGAGGGUUCGCUCUCAGAGACACAGAAAUUACAUGAGCAGAACUCACCUACACACACCACCCGACCUGCCCGAAGGAUACGGUUCGUUCAAAGACACACACCAGUUCUUCCACAAAAAAUGUUCAGCUUGCAAAGAGCAACGGACCACACAGCAGGGCCAGGUGUACUUUCUCCACACACAGACCGGCGUCAGCACGUGGCAUGACCCCAGAGUGCCCAGGGAUCUUAGUAACGUGAAUUGUGAGGAGUUGGGUCCGUUGCCUCCAGGCUGGGAGAUUAGGAACACGGCCACUGGACGGGUUUACUUUGUAGACCACAACAACCGAACCACUCAGUUCACAGAUCCGCGUCUCUCUGCUAACCUGCACCUUGUCCUAAAUCCCAGUCCAAAUGGUUCCCGAAGUGGCGUUGAGGCUCAGAGCAGUCGUCCCGGGCAGCUGAAGGAGCAGGCUCAGUCUGUCGUGUCUCCCGGAAAUCUACCAGAAGAUCCAGAAUGUCUCACGGUGCCCAAGUACAAGCGAGAUCUGGUGCAGAAGCUGAAGAUCUUGAGACAGGAGCUGUCCCAACAGCAGCCUCAGGCGGGACACUGCCGUAUCGAGGUCUCCCGCGAGGAGAUCUUUGAGGAAUCAUACCGGCAGGUGAUGAAAAUGAGGCCGAAGGACCUGUGGAAGAGGUUGAUGGUGAAGUUUAGAGGAGAGGAGGGUCUCGACUAUGGAGGAGUUGCUAGGGAGUGGUUAUACUUGCUUUCACAUGAGAUGUUGAAUCCGUACUACGGGCUCUUCCAGUAUUCACGAGAUGACAUUUACACGCUACAGAUCAACCCUGACUCUGCUGUUAAUCCAGAGCACUUGUCCUAUUUCCACUUUGUGGGGAGGAUCAUGGGAAUGGCGGUUUUCCAUGGCCACUAUAUAGAUGGUGGCUUUACUCUACCCUUCUAUAAGCAGUUGCUAGGGAAAUCCAUCACUCUCGAUGACAUGGAGUCAGUAGACCCGGAUCUCCAUAACAGCCUCGUCUGGAUCCUCGAUAAUGACAUCACUGGGGUGUUGGACCACACGUUUUGCGUAGAACACAACGCAUACGGAGAGAUCAUUCAACACGAAUUAAAACCCAAUGGCAAGAGCAUGCCCGUCACCCAGGAUACCAAGAAAGAAUAUGUCAGGCUGUAUGUGAACUGGCGUUUCUUGAGGGGUAUCGAGGCUCAGUUUCUGGCCCUGCAGAAAGGAUUCAACGAGGUCAUCCCUCAACAUCUUCUCAAGUCAUUUGAUGAGAAAGAGUUGGAGCUUAUUGUGUGUGGCCUCGGUAAGAUCGACAUCAACGACUGGAAGUCAAACACUCGUCUGAAGCACUGCACGACUGACAGUAACAUCGUGAAGUGGUUCUGGCGGGCCAUUGAGUCAUACGAUGAGGAGCGGAGAGCCAGGCUGCUGCAGUUUGUCACCGGCUCCUCAAGAGUUCCCCUGCAAGGAUUCAAAGCCCUGCAAGGUGCUGCCGGACCACGUCUUUUCACCAUCCACCAGAUCGACGCCAGUACCAACAACCUGCCCAAAGCGCACACUUGCUUCAACCGGAUCGACAUUCCUCCAUACGAGAGCUACGAUAAACUCUACGACAAACUGCUGACGGCCAUCGAGGAGACCUGCGGCUUUGCUGUGGAAUGAUAGUGUUUCGCUAGCGGCCGCAGAGGUACCUUUCACCAGGCGGGUCAGUCCUGUCACACAACUGACCGAACCGCGGGCCUCACGUUUUCCCCUUGCGGAAGACGAGACUCAGACGGAACGGCUGAUGAUGGGUGGAUCAAGCCACAGCACUCGAAGUCGAAUGCUGCUAUAUGGAAUUUUCUGCAUUAUUUGAAAAGAAGAAACAACUUGUCUUUUCAGCUGCUAGUAACUCUUUGACUUUUUACUUACUAUUUUUUGGAUCCUCCUCCUUUUUUUUUGUUGUCCAUAUGUUGAUUUUUUUUUUUUUUUUUUUUUUGGCAUUAAGACAAAUGAUAUUAACCGUAUUUCAUGUAGCAUUUUUACCAACUAGACUCUAGCAGAGGCUGAAUUUUCGUGAGGAACAAAGAAAGAGCGCUCCGGCAUAAGCUAACAUAGACGCACUACUGUCCUUACCGAAGACAAGACAAGAGAGGAAGAUGCCAACGUCAACAAAGGACUGCAAACAAAUUGCAUUUGACUUUGGGACACCUGCAAAUCUUGUCUUGUGCAGGGUGUUGAUUCUUGCUACGUUGGUGCAGCAAGCUUGGACAUCCACGAGCUGCGCAUUGAAUUUCCUUGCAAUCAGGGAACACGACUAAAGGCCCUGCUGGGCUCUUCUGGGCUGCCCUACACUAGAUAGCAUCUAACUACCUGUGCACCAUUCCCCAAGACUGCCGGACUCAUAAACUUGUUAAAAGUGAAUGAUUGAAUAAACAAACUGUUAGGUAGGUAGGUAGUCUACCUUUAUUUUUAUAUGGUGUGAGAGGAUGGGGUUAAAAGAAAAAAAAUAUACAGAAGAUAUAAUAUAUUGGCAACGUGGCAGAAACCGUUGCCGAUGUUUCCAAAAAAUGAAGUUUAAAAAAGGAUGGACGCAUUGAAAUGAUACAGUAUCUAAGGAUUCAGUUGGAUUUACAUUAGCUUUGAAUUUUUUGUUUUGUUUUGUUUUGUUUUUUAGGAAUAAAGAAAAAUUGUGAAGAAAAGCAUUUGAAUAUGUUGUUCUAUCAGUGUCGCCUUUUUUCUUAUAAUGGCAUUCUGAUCUGUCUCUGAUGUCAAUUGAACCCUUUAAGAUUUAAAUAUGAUGCAUAUGUAUGAGCAUGUUAAUGAGACAUGAAGUGUCUUCCAUUUCAUUCCCUCUCAUUGUAGUGCCACCAUUUAAUUUUCAGAGUCACAAAACAAGAAAUGCAAUUGUUUACCCCUCAUGGAAAUUAAGGGAGAGUAGUGUUCACUUGCCAUUUUUGUAAUUUAUUAUUAACUCGCUGUAGUUCCAAUUUACCAUGAACACUUUUUACCAUGCAAAAUUUUCACUGGCCUUCAGUGAACAUUACAAAUAAACUGCAGGAGGAUGGCUGUACUGAAGAAGAAGAAAUAAUUCUAUAUGUUUUUAGGUGUAAAACUCUUAGUAGAAAAGAACAAAAAGCAUGUUGAAUGUGCUCUUUGUAGUCUUCAAUGCACAGCUUGAAACAUUGAGUAACCAUUUCCUUCAGGAUUAUUAAAAUAAGCUGCAUAAAGAAACCAAUGCAGUUUAUAUAUAUAUAUAUAUAUAUAUAUAUAUACACACACACACACAUCUUUUGUUACUUUUUUAUAAAUUGAGUGUGAAGAAGGUGAAAAAAUAAAAUAAAUAAAAAAGCCACUGGAUGGAUCAGUUAAGUAUUCUGAGAUGGUGCUUUGUAUAGUUAUAAAAUAUUGUUCAUAUAUGUGGAUCACUGACUGUCACUUAUCUUUAAUUUAAUUACAUUUGAAAGAGGAAAAAAAUACACUAAUGGCUGUAUAUAAUAGGCAAAAAAUCUAUUUACCAAACUCUUUAUGGAUUAUAAUCUGAAUGAUUAUAUAUUUAAUUUGAAUUCUGGUGCACAGAUCUCUUUGAUCUCUUUGUCUUCUCUUCUUAUUAACUUUUUUAUUUUAUUUUAUUGUGUUGUUAAAAAGGCUUCCAGAUGGACCGGAUGCCUUAUUGAGUUUUUAGGAUUUCAAAGGUUUAUUUCUUUUCAGCAUGAUUUACUAGCAACACUUUUAACUUUCAUAGCUGACCGGUGCAAUUUGCUAAAUGUAAGACGCAUUAUCAUUUUUGUAAGAGUGUUUUAUUUUUGUGUGUAAUUAGAUCUGAUUAAACUUGCCUUCAUGAUUGGAUAACAGUGGCCGUCUGGCUCUGUAUGACUUUGUUUAAAAGAUUGCAUAGAAUACGCAAGGGAUAAUGUACUUAUUGCAAAACAAACCACAACAAGGUGAUCCGGAAUCUUAUGGGUUUUUACAUCAUCCCGAAGAGGACUGUACAUUACCGUGCUUAUUACACGGCUACUUACCAAAUAAACUAAUGGACAUGAAAUAUUGAUUUGAGUUGAAAUGAUUUUAUUAUGUGAGAAGAAAGAGACUGUGGAGUGAUACAAGAGAAAUGAAACUAGCACAGCUAUGUAGGAAAUUGGUUGCCUGGGACAAUGAUUGUCAAUUAUGGUUGAACAAAAACAUGACCAAUUUAGAAUCCAGUAUUUCAGAGAGCCGUGUAAUAAAUAGUUUUAAUUUGUCAUUCAGUUCAGUGUCUUUUAAUUUCUAUUGUUAUAGAUAAAGAAAAUUCCUGGGGUAUGAGAGAUUUAUGGCAGGCCAUAUUGCGACAGAUGUUAUCGCUGUGUACAUAGGCCUUGAAAUGCUUUGCAGUUUGAUCCUGUGAUAAAAGUUGGGAGAACAUC